GCUAAAUUGUUUCUGCAUGAGCAGGUUGCAACACGACGGGAGGAAACAGAUCCUGCAGGAAUCUGUCGGGAACAACGGUGGAAGAAAGUAGAAACUGCGAUCGGAUGAAGUCUGUGGCUGCGGCGCGGAGGUUUUUGCGCACGGAGAGCGUUGCGCACCGGAGGAACUCGCUUGGAAAGCCGCCGUUUACUGCGUAGCUGCCUGGUUUCUGCUUCAUAGAUGAAAACCCCACCGGAGAGACCUGGGGGCCCCUCCGUCUGCCACCGCCGGGGACCAUGGCGGACAACUACUCGGACCUGAUCAACGAGUCGCUGCCGGCGGCUCCGGUCGCGCACUACAACUUCCCGGCGCUCAUAUUCGGGAUUUUACUGAUCAUCACCGUCACUGCUGGAAACGUGCUGGUGUGCCUCAGUGUUUACUUGGAGAAGGCUUUGAAAACUACAACCAACUACUUCAUAGUGAGUCUGGCGUUUGCGGAUUUGCUGCUGGCGGUUCUGGUUCUGCCGCUCUUCGUUUACGCAGAGUUUCAGGGAGGAGUUUGGACCCUGAACAUGACGAUAUGUGACGGUCUGAUGACCAUGGACGUGAUGCUGUGUACGGCGUCGAUCUUCAACCUGUGUGCCAUCAGCGUGGACCGGUUCAUUGCGGUGUCCAUUCCGCUGAAUUACAACCGUAAACACGUGGACCACCGGCAGCUCAUCCUGCUGUCCGCCACCUGGCUGCUGGCCUUGGCCGUCGCCUCGCCCGUCAUCUUCGGCAUCAACAACGUGCCGAACCGCGAUACCAGGGAGUGCAAACUGGAGGACAACAACUACGUGGUGUACUCGUCCGUCUGCUCCUUCUUCAUCCCCUGCCCCAUCAUGGUGCUGCUCUACUUUGGGAUUUUUCGGGGUCUGAAGCGGUGGGAGGAGGCGCGGAAGGCCAAGCUGCGCAGCAGCAUCGAGGCGUGCAGGAAGCUGCAGCAGAGCAGCGUGGUCGGCGGCGCCCUGCCCCCGAUGAGGGGCACCAUCCCCGGGGCGCUGCCCAUGCCGCUGCCCAGGAUCAUAGAGAGAGAUCUGGCCCAGUCUCGCAUGGACGACUCGGGCGACUACGUCCAGCAGGAGAUUCCUUAUCCACGGCAGUACAGGGAAAACUCAGUGCCAACAGUGAGAUUCAACCAGCAGCAAGUCAAGAAGAGGGCGAAGAUCAACAGCAGGGAACGGAAAGCUAUGAGGGUCCUACCGGUUGUAGUGGGCUGCUUCCUGUUCUGCUGGACGCCGUUCUUCGUGGUGCACACGAUGCGAGCGUUGUGCCUGACGUGCAACAUCCCCGACGCGCUGAUGAGCACCGUCACCUGGCUGGGCUACGUCAACAGCGCCCUCAAUCCCAUCAUCUACACCAUGUUCAACACGGAGUUCAAGAAGUUCUUCAAGAAAUGUUUCCGCAGCUGCUGCUGACGGCGGGUUGCUGCCUCCACAGACUGAAACACCAGAGGAGGUUUGGGUCCACAACCUCAGACUGGGACGUUUCCAGUUUGGCUUGUGAACUGGAAAGAAGAGGAAGAACAUUUUGUUAGAGUUCUGAUUUCAUUUGAGGUUUUUAUGGAUUUCAUGUAAAAUACAAACGGACUUUGUUUGGUCUGAAAUAAAGAUUUAUUUGACCAGU